AUGGCCAAGUCAAAGAAACGCAGCCAUAAAAAGCAUUCCAACAACGAUUCAUACCAACCUUUAAACAUGUUCUUUGGUGGACCUCGAGCUUCUGGUUAUUCAUCUAUUAACAAUGUGAGUUAUUUUGUGAAUUCUCCUAAUGACAUGCACCAAGACGUUUCGAUCAGCAUGAACGACGAUUCAGCACCUGUGAAUUAUCAUUCUGACAAUGAAACCUCAAGUAAUUGUAGAAUGAGCUCUGUGGAAGUGGACGUGUGUUUCCCUACACCCAACAAGAAGGAAGAAUACGGUAUUGAUUAUGAAAGCCUAGAAGAAUUUAUCGCCAAUGAGAAAAAAGAGUUGGUCGAGAACAGAAAUACACCUGGUAAACACAGACGUCGAUUAUCGACGAUGGGUGCAUCCGACGGUAACAGAAGAUACAGUAUGUAUGGCGAUCGAAUGAUGAACUCGGAAAGUAAAACAGAGGCAGAUCAAUACCGUGUGACAUAUUAUUCAUCCGCCGAACCAUCUACCAUCCACUCUCGUUCUAUCAGCGAGAUUCCCGAAUACAAUGAUGAUUCAUUGAGCGGCAUGAUGAAGAAAGGUUGCUUUUGGAUUGAUAUUCAUAAUCCGACAGACAAUGAGAUGCGAGCUCUCUGUAAAGCCUUUCGUAUCCAUCCUUUGACCGUGGAGGAUAUCUGUAUGGAGGAACAGCGUGAGAAAUGUGAGGUCUUUAUGAAUUACUACUUUGUGUGUUUCAGAAGUUUCGAACAAGAUGAAUUCUCUCCCAAUUACAUGCAGCCUUCUGCCAUUUAUAUCAUCAUCUUAAAAGAGGGCGUCAUAACAUUUCAUUUCAAGGCCAUGUCCCAUCCUCACAAUGUGCGCAAGAGAAUCAAGCAGCUCAAAGACUAUAUCAACGUCACGCCGGACUGGAUUUGUUAUGGACUGUUGGAUGAUAUCACGGACUCAUUUGCUCCGCUUAUCCGGGCCAUUGAAUUUGAGGUGGACUCUAUUGAUGAACUUGUCUUGAUCUUGAAAGAAUCAGAACAAUCGGAUAUGCUGCGGCGUAUUGGUUAUUGCAGAAAGCGCAUGAUGUGCUUAUUAAGAUUGCUUUCUUCCAAAACAGACGUUGUCAAGACAUUGAUCAAGCGAGGUGAAAUAGCACCUGAAGAUGGCACGCGACCUGCUUUAAGCAAAGAAGUUGCACUUUAUCUGGGGGAUGUACAAGGUAAAAAUGAUAUACCUUAUUGGGGAAUAAUCUCCUAUAUUCUAACACACACACACACACACAAAAACGCACAGACCAUAUUAUAUCCAUGCUGUUGUCUUUGA